UGAUCAUUGGCUAAGAAGCAGUAACUAUUUGCAUAUAAUAUACCAUUUGAAAUGUCUUUGUUAUUUUGGAACUUUGGUGAGACUAAUGUUUACUGUUCAUUUUUAUCGUUUAUUUCACUUGCUUUGGCAACGUAAACACAUGUUUCCCAUGCCAUUAAAGCCCCUUAAAAUGCAAUUGAAAAAAUGUAAUUGGAGGGAGAGAGAAAGAGUGGUAAGGAGAGAAGGUAGAGAAAUGGACAGAGAGAGAGAAGGGCCUUCUACACCAUCAAGAGGAACAUAAAAAUCGACAUACGAACUAGGAUCUGACUAAAAAUACUUGAAUCAGUCAUAGAGCCCAUUGUCCUUUAUGGUUGUGAGGUCUGGGGUCCUCUCUCGAACCAAGACUUCACUAAAUGGGACAAACACCAAAUUGAGACUGUGCAUGCAGAAUUCUGCAAAAAAUAUCCUCUGUGUACAACGUAGAACACCACAUAAUGCAUGCAGAGCAGAAUUAGGCCGAUAACCGCUAAUUAUCACAAUCCAGAAAAGAGCCGUUAAAUUCUACAACGACCUAAAAGGAAGUGAAUCCCAAACCUUCCAUAACAAAGCCAUCACCUACAGAGAGAUGAACCUGGAGAAGAGUCCCCUAAGCAAGCUGGUCCUGGGGCUCUGUUCACAAACACAAACAGACCCCACAGAGCCCCAGGACUACAGCACAAUUAGACCCAAUCAAAUCAUGAUAAAUCAAAAAGAUAAUUACUUGACACAUUGGAAAGAAUUAACAAAAAAAACAGAGCAAACUAGAAUGCUAUUUGGCCCUAAACAGAGAGUACACAGCGGCAGAAUACCUGACCACUGUGACUGACCCAAACUUAAGGAAAGCUUUGACUAUGUACAGACUCAGUGAGCAUAGCCUUGCUAUUGAGAAAGGCCGCCGUAGGCAGACCUGGCUCUCAAGAGAAGACAGCUCACUGCCCACAAAAUGAGGUGGAAACUGAGCUGCACUUCCUAACCUCCUGCCCAAUGUAUGACCAUAUUAGAGAGACAUAUUUCCUUCAGAUUACACAGAUCCACAAAGAAUUAGAAAACAAACCCAAUUCUGAUAAACUCCCAUAUCUACUGGGUGAAAUUCAACAGUGUGACAUCACAGCAGCAAGAUGUGUGACCUGUUGCCACAAGGUCAACCAGUGAAGAACACACACCAUUGUAAAUACAACCCAUAUUUAUGCUUAUUUAUUUUUAUUUUUUAUUUUCCCUUUUGUACUUCAACUAAUUGUACAUCAUUACAACACUGUAUAUAGACAUAAUAUGAAUGUGGUCAACCUGUAGUUGUUCAUGACCACAGCAGUACAACACUGCCUCUAUGUGGUGGAAUGUGGUCACCCUGUAGUUUUACAACAAAGACAGUUGAUCAGUUGAACAGAAAGAUCAUUCAUAAAGUGACUGAUAUUAUCUCAUAGAACCAAACGGAUCUCCAGUGUUAAUCUCAGACCUUUUCUUUUCUGCGUAUAUCCAAAACACCAUUAUAUAACAGAACAACUCAUUUAUGUUGUUAAGACCCCAAGCUGUCUCUCUCUCUGUCUCUCUCUCUCUCUCUCUGUCUCUCUCUCUCUGUCUCUCUCUCUCUCACCCUCCCUCUCUAUCACUCUCUCUCUCUCUCUCUCUCUCUCUGUCUCUCUCUCUCUCUCUCUCUCUCUCUCUCUCUCUCUCUCUCUCUCUCUCUCUCUCUGUCUCUCUCUCUCUCUCUCUCUCCCUGUCUCUCUCUCUCUCACCCUCCCUCUCUAUCACUCUCUCUCUCUCUCUCUCUCUCUGUCUCUCUCUCUCUCUCUCUCUCUCUCUCUCUCUCUCUCUCUCUCUCUCUCUCUCUCUCUCUGUCUCUCUCUCUCUCUGUCUCUCUCUCUCUCUGUCUCUCUCUCUGUCUCUCUCUCUGUCUCUCUCUCUCUCUCUCUCUCUCUCUCUCUCUCUCUCUCUCUCUCUCUCUCUCUCUCUCUCUCUGUGUCAAGAGCCUCCGGCAACUUGACAGACAGACCUACAGACCAGCCACAUUGUGAGUUUGGAUUUCUUGUGCUAUGGACUCUCGCUUACAACCGAUUAACCGCCACACCUUUACUCAUUCGGAACUGUAUGGUCUGUUAAACCCUGGGAACGCCGUGACUCCCAAAGCAGCCCACAGACGCACCGGAGCGUUUUUGAACAACCAGGACAAAAACCCGGGAGGAGAGCAGGCUCCAGUCUGAACUCUCGUUCUGAGGAACGUAUUACCUUGACGGGACUAUUUUCCCUAUAAAACAAAAGACUUUGAAUAGACAGAACAUAGUGAAUCUUUUACGGUGCAGCAGGCCACUACUGUAUGUGAUUUUACUGAGGACAAUGAGACUUUCUAGGAAGGAGUCGGUAUGGAUUAUUAAGCUACUACUGUGGUGUCUGAGCUGCUCAGGAGGAGGGAUAGCUGAUUAUACAGUUGACAACAGGUGGGCGGGCCAGGAGCUGUUGUCCAAUGGGCUGUGUCAGUACGGGACCAGGGUGGAGUGCUGCUGGGGCUGGAGAAGGGCUUCCAGGGGGCACUGCCAACCUCUGUGCCAACAGGAGUGUAAACAUGGAGAGUGUGUCGGUUCGGAUAAAUGCACGUGCCAUCCAGGAUACACUGGCAAAACCUGCAAUCAAGAUCUGAAUGAGUGUGGGCUAAAGCCCAGACCAUGUAAACAUCGCUGUAUGAACACCCAGGGCAGCUACAAGUGUUACUGUCUGAAUGGAUACAUGCUGCAACCUGAUGGAACCUGCAGGAAUGCCCGUACCUGUGUCAGGGCCAACUGUCAGUACGGCUGUGAGGUUACCAAAGGGGUGGUGAGGUGCCAGUGUCCGUCUCCAGGGUUACGGCUGGGGCCAGACAGACGCACCUGUGUGGAUGUUGACGAGUGUGUGGCGGGUCGAGGGGUGUGUCCUCGGAACAGGAAGUGUCAGAACACCUUCGGCAGCUAUGUGUGUAAAUGUUACCAUGGUUACAAACUCACCUACAUCAACGGCAGAUACCACUGUAUAGAUAAGGAUUCUCGUUCCUUCUGCUCCCUCAACCCUGACUCUCCCAAGUGCCUCUGUAGAGAUGGGAAGGGAACGGACUGCUACCCUGUUGCCAAGGUCACCAUUGUUCCUCCUCAACCUAAAACCACACCCAGAUCUACAACGAGACCUACAGCUAAACAAGCAACCAGACAUACAACCAGACAGACAGCCAGACAGACAACUACAGUCAGACCAACUACUUCUGCUACGACAGUGACUACAAACGCAGCAACCACUGCCAUGGCAAUAACUACCAGGGGACCUACCACCACGACAACCAUCGUUACGACAACCACCGUCCCAACAACCAUUCCCAUGACAACAACCUCUACUCAGCCAUUGACAACCACUACAACCCCUACUCCAACUACCCUCUCCCCUACCACCCCCAGCCCUCCUCCCUCUACCCCCUCCUCUACCACCCCCAGCCCUCCUCCCUCUACCCCCUCCUCUACCACCCCCAGCCCUCCUCCCUCUACCCCCUCCUCUACCACCCCCAGCCCUCCUCCCUCUACCCCCUCCCCUACCACCCCCAGCCCUCCUCCCUCGCCCUCCUCCCUCGGCCCCUCCCCUACCACCCCCAGCCCUCCUCCCUCGGCCCCCUCCCCUACCACCCCCAGCCCUCCUCCCACCACCCCCCUGGACAACCACAUUCAGAAGGUUGUUACCCAGAGACAGAGAGGAGAUGUUCACAUCCCCCGUCUUCCAGGAAGUGGAAACAGAGGGUUUGACUACGACAUUGAGCUGGGAAACACUACAGAGGACAACAGAGAUGAUCCAGGGGCCGGUGCUCUGAGCUGUUCAUUUGACCACGGUCUGUGUGGCUGGAUCAGAAACCGAAAUGGAGACCUGCACUGGGAGACAGCCAGCAGCCCUGCCGGUGGGCGGUACAUGUCUGUUCCAGAGGUAGGGGCGGGGAAAAGGAGCAUUCAAGGCGCACGAUUGGUCCUCCCCUUAGCCCCGCCCUGGAGCGAGGGUCACUUGUGCUUCUCCUUCCGUCAUUGGCUAUCAGGUCACCAUGUGGGUGUGCUUCAGCUGUUCGUCAGAAGGAAGGGUUUGAGAUAUAGCGCCGCCCUCUGGAGCCGGACGGGGGGAGAAGGGUGGAGACAUACACAGAUCACACUGUGGAGAGCAGGCCUGGAGAGUGUCCUUUUGAAAGGAGAGAGGAGGCGUGGCCACAAAGGACAGAUGGGAUUGGACGACGUUAGCCUGAGGAGAGGGGCCUGCGGAGAAGAGAGACUCUAACACACACACAGACGCUGGCACUGUGUUGUGAUAGGUCCUUCUGAAAGGAGAGUGGAGGCGUGGCCACAAAGGAGAGAUGGGAUUGGACGACGUUAGCCUGAGGAGAGGAGAGACAUUUUGUAACGUCAAGACUCUGGCACUAUAGUCGACUGUACCUAAUACAGUACAACUCUUAGAUCAAAUAUAUUGAUAACUGAUCAAAUAUAUUGAUUUUGUCCACUAGGUAAUUAUUGAUAAAGCAUGAUAAUGAUGUGGCUGUAUGAGCUGACUUUAUUAGUAAAGACAAAGAGGUCAAAACGCAUUUUGGAUAUCUUUGAUGUAUUAUUCUAUUAACAAAUACAGUCUGGGUCUGAGGUACGUUACUACCACAGAGCCCAUUCUGAGGUACGUUACUACCACAGAGCCCAUUCUGAGGUACGUUACUACCACAGAGCCCAUUCUGAGGUACGUUACUACCACAGAGCCCAUUCUGAGGUACGUUACUACCACAGAGCCCAUUCUGAGGUACGUUACUACCACAGAGCCCAUUCUGAGGUACGUUACUACCACAGAGCCCAUUCUGAGGUACGUUACUACCACAGAGCCCAUUCUGAGGUACGUUACUACCACAGAGCCCAUUCUGAGGUACGUUACUACCACAGAGCCCCUUCUGAGGUACGUUACUACCACAGAGCCCAUUCUGAGGUACGUUACUACCACAGAGCCCAUUCUGAGGUACGUUACUACCACAGAGCCCAUUCUGAGGUACAGUAUGUUACUACCACAGAGCCCAUUCUGAGGUACAGUAUGUUACUACCACAGAGCCCAUUCUGAGGUACGUUACUACCACAGAGCCCAUUCUGAGGUACGUUACUACCACAGAGCCCAUUCUGAGGUACAGUAUGUUACUACCACAGAGCCCAUUCUGAGGUACGUUACUACCACAGAGCCCAUUCUGAGGUACAGUAUGUUACUACCACAGAGCCCAUUCUGAGGUACGUUACUACCACAGAGCCCAUUCUGAGGUACGUUACUACCACAGAGCCCAUUCUGAGGUACGUUACUACCACAGAGCCCAUUCUGAGGUACAGUAUGUUACUACCACAGAGCCCAUUCUGAGGUACGUUACUACCACAGAGCCCAUUCUGAGGUACAGUAUGUUACUACCACAGAGCCCAUUCUGAGGUACAGUAUGUUACUACCACAGAGCCCAUUCUGAGGUACGUUACUACCACAGAGCCCAUUCUGAGGUACAGUAUGUUACUACCACAGAGCCCAUUCUGAGGUACAGUAUGUUACUACCACAGAGCCCAUUCUGAGGUACGUUACUACCACAGAGCCCAUUCUGAGGUACGUUACUACCACAGAGCCCAUUCUGAGGUACGUUACUACCACAGAACCCAUUCUGAGGUACGUUACUACCACAGAGCCCAUUCUGAGGUACAGUAUGUUACUACCACAGAGCCCAUUCUGAGGUACGUUACUACCACAGAGCCCAUUCUGAGGUACAGUAUGUUACUACCACAGAGCCCAUUCUGAGGUACGUUACUACCACAGAGCCCAUUCUGAGGUACAGUAUGUUACUACCACAGAGCCCAUUCUGAGGUACGUUACUACCACAGAGCCCAUUCUGAGGUACAGUAUGUUACUACCACAGAGCCCAUUCUGAGGUACGUUACUACCACAGAGCCCAUUCUGAGGUACAGUAUGUUACUACCACAGAGCCCAUUCUGAGGUACGUUACUACCACAGAGCCCAUUCUGAGGUACGUUACUACCACAGAGCCCAUUCUGAGGUGCGUUACUACCACAGAACCCAUUCUGAGGUACGUUACUACCACAGAGCCCAUUCUGAGGUACAGUAUGUUACUACCACAGAGCCCAUUCUGAGGUACAGUAUGUUACUACCACAGAGCCCAUUCUGAGGUACGUUACUACCACAGAGCCCAUUCUGAGGUACGUUACUACCACAGAGCCCAUUCUGAGGUACGUUACUACCACAGAACCCAUUCUGAGGUACGUUACUACCACAGAGCCCAUUCUGAGGUACAGUAUGUUACUACCACAGAGCCCAUUCUGAGGUACGUUACUACCACAGAGCCCAUUCUGAGGUACGUUACUACCACAGAGCCCAUUCUGAGGUACAGUAUGUUACUACCACAGAGCCCAUUCUGAGGUACGUUACUACCACAGAGCCCAUUCUGAGGUACGUUACUACCACAGAGCCCAUUCUGAGGUACAGUAUGUUACUACCACAGAGCCCAUUCUGAGGUAUGUUACUACCACAGAGCCCAUUCUGAGGUACGUUACUACCACAGAGCCCAUUCUGAGGUACGUUACUACCACAGAACCCAUUCUGAGGUACAGUAUGUUACUACCACAGAGCCCAUUCUGAGGUAUGUUACUACCACAGAGCCCAUUCUGAGGUACGUUACUACCACAGAGCCCAUUCUGAGGUACGUUACUACCACAGAGCCCAUUCUGAGGUACGUUACUACCACAGAGCCCAUUCUGAGGUACGUUACUACCACAGAGCCCAUUCUGAGGUACAGUAUGUUACUACCACAGAGCCCAUUCUGAGGUACGUUACUACCACAGAGCCCAUUCUGAGGUACAGUAUGUUACUACCACAGAGCCCAUUCUGAGGUACAGUAUGUUACUACCACAGAGCCCAUUCUGAGGCACGUUACUACCACAGAGCCCAUUCUGAGGUACGUUACUACCACAGAGCCCAUUCUGAGGUACAGUAUGUUACUACCACAGAGCCCAUUCUGAGGUACAGUACGUUACUACCACAGAGCCCAUUCUGAGGUACAGUACGUUACUACCACAGAGCCCAUUCUGAGGUACAGUAUGUUACUACCACAGAGCCCAUUCUGAGGUACAGUACGUUACUACCACAGAGCCCAUUCUGAGGUACAGUACGUUACUACCACAGAGCCCAUUUUAAUUGAUGACGGCCUCUCUUUUAAAUUUCAUGGGAUUUUAUUUCAGGAAGAAGGCCUGUUUUUCUUUUGAAGCCAGAAGGAGGCUAGUCACAGCUACAUUUAUGCCUUUACUAGACUAUGGGGAUAUUUUAUAUAUCAAUGCUUCCGCUCAGUGUUUGAGAUCACUUGACACCCUUUACCAAGGCACUUUGAGAGUUAUUUUAAACUGCAAAACCCUUACGCAUCACUGCACUUUGUAUACCAGGGUUGGCUGGCCUUCUCUAGUCACUCGUAGGCUCAGUCACUGGUCUACUUUUAUUUACAAAGCCAUUUUGGGUUUACUACCUUUUUAUUUGGGCAUUUUUAUUGUUCAUAAAUGUGGUGGGUCGUCUCUUCGUUCGCUGGACUUUAUCCUGCUAACUGUUCCAAAUGUCCAAACUGAAUUUGGUAAACGGGCUUUUAUGUCCUCUGGCCAUCGUCUUGGAACACCUUACAAAAUACUUUUAAACUGGAAGAACUUGUCCCGAUUGGUGUCUUUAAAUCACUGAUGAAGGAUGUUGAGGCUGAUUCCCUGACCUGUCAAUGUCUUUAAUUUGCUGUUUUAUACUCUUGUGAAUUCAAUGGUUUUAACCAGAUUACUUGUAGUUUUUCAUGUUGUUUGUCUGUAAUUUUUGUGUAAUGACUUGGUGCUGCCUAUCUUGGCCAGGACGCUCUAGAAAAACAGAUUUUAAAUCUCAAUGAGCCCUUCCUGGUUAAAUAAAGGUUGAAUAAAUAAAGCAAAGGUAUGUUAGUACCACAGAGCCCA